AUGGGAGGAGAGGUGGCCGCCAUGUCCCCAGCACCAAGAAUAUCGUCUUCGGCGGCAGGAGGCUCAUGGGAGUCCUCAUGCACAUGUGCCUACAUGGGAGAGGAGGAUUCAUCUCGAUCAUGCACAGGAGAAGAGGCGCCAUUAUCAUGUGGUCCUGGUGGAAGGCUUGCCAUCUCUGGGAACUCAUCACCAACUGCCAAAUCCUCCUCGUGCGUCACUCUAUGCACAACUAGAGGGUCAAGUGGAAGCUCUCCAUCAAGAUUAGUAGUGGGGGAUGAUGAUGAUGAAGUCGAAGGGGCAGCAUCAUUAGUCAUGUGGAACGAGAACUCACUUUCCACAAAUUGA